CCUACCUUGGUCACAGGGUGCGCGGCGCGUUCGAUUUUAUAAUUAUUUUAUUGAUUUCUUAUUAGAAAAGUAGUGAUAAUUUAUAUAAAACGAUCCGAUAUAACUUUCCGAUCGAUUCGGAGUGUGAUUUUAUUUACGCAACGUGAAUUUAAUUACUUGUGACCGUGAUAUUGAACUCUGCUUUAUAACCUUGAAUAUUGUGAUGACCAUUGCUCAGGCAUAAGUUUUUUUUGUUUUAUACUUGUUUGUGCGUAAGGAAGUAUAAUUACGACCAGUUUUUGCAUUCGAACCAUGCUAUAAAGUCCACAAUCGCACUAAGAUGUUCAAUACAACGUUAAAACAAUGCAAACCGUUACAAAUCAAGACUUUAUUGCAAUACAGAAACGUCACAUUUGCGUCCAAACAUAAACUAGUCGUAACAGCACAGUUUCACUCUUGCUUAUGCAGGCAUCGUCAGGAUUUCUUCAAGAAUGCACGGACUCACUCGACGCAAAGCGACCAGCAUAGACAAAAAGUAGUCAUAGAGACAACAGAACCAAAAAUCGUCAUAGACAACAAAGUAUUGCCAGACGAAAAGCUUAUAGAUGAGAAAACGCUGCAGGAGUUUUGGAAGAGGAAAGUGUUGCCAUAUGUACAAUUAGCAAGAUGGGACAGGCCUAUAGGAGUGUACCUCUUGUACUGGCCGUGCACGUGGUCCAUAGCGCUAGGCUCACUCCCCGGGAACGUCCCGCUCGGGGCGUCGCUUCAGGCCGCGGGGCUUUUCCUCGCGGGUGCGGGGCUUAUGCGGGGCGCUGGGUGCACCAUCAACGAUCUGUGGGACAAGGACGUGGAUAGACAGGUGGAAAGAACGAAGAACCGUCCACUAGUGUCAGGGGCAAUAACAGACAAGCAAGCCAUAGCCUUCUUAGGAGUCCAGCUGUCACUGGCUCUGGGAAUACUGCUGCAACUGAACUGCUAUAGCGUGCUGUUGGGGGCUGGUAGUAUGCUGUUCGUAAUAACCUACCCCCUAGCGAAGCGGUAUACAAACUACCCUCAGAUAUUCCUCGGCGCCACUUUCAACUGGGGUGCCUUACUUGGGUACAGCGCGGUACAGGGUACGAUAGACCCGGCGGUAUGCGGUCCGUUGUACCUCGGCGCGCUCGCGUGGACUGUGGUGUAUGACACUAUUUAUGCUCACCAGGACAAAGAAGACGACGCCCGCAUCGGGAUGAAGUCAACAGCUUUAACCUUCGGCGCGCACACCAAGCCGCUGCUGUCGGGCACACUAGCUGCCAGCGCGGCCUGCCUGGCGGGCGUCGGGCACGCGGCCGCGCUCGGCUGGCCGUACUACGCCGCGCUGGCCGCCGCCGGGGCCCGGGCGGGACACCAGAUCUACUCUCUGGACGUCAACAACCCCGACGACUGCGCGAAGAAGUUCAAAUCCAACUCCUUAUUUGGACUUAUUAUCCUCCUAGGAAUAUUAGGAGGCGGGUAUAGUCAGUACAUUGAGAAUAGACAAAAGAAUAGAGGCAAGGAAGACUUAAACCUCACUAAGAGCUGUGUUUUUAGCUAAAAUCUUAACUUAUUGUACCCUAGAGGUUCCAAUAAUUGUACCUUGGAGGUUCCAAUUGUACCCUAGAGGUUCCAAUUGUACCCUAGAGGUUCCAAUUGUACCCUAGAGGUUCCAAUCGUACCCUAGAGGUUCCAAUCGUACCCUAGAGGUUUCAAUUGUACCCUAGAGGUCACUAUUGUAUCCUAGAGGGCCUAGGAAAGACAUCUCACUGAGAGCUGUGUUUUUAGCUAAAAUGUAACUUAUUGUACCAUAGAGGUUCCAAUUGUACCCUAGAUGUCACAACUGUACCCUAGAGGUGCCAGGUUAGGACAUAAACCUAAUUAAAAGCUGUUCAUGCCUAAACGUGUUAUUGUACCCUAGAGGUUCCAAUUGUACCCUAGAGGUCACAAUUGUACCCUAGAGGUGUCACGUUAGGAUUUGAACCUCACUAAAAGCUGUUUUUAGUUCAUAUCUAAACGUGUACCCUAAUAGAGGUAACAGCUUUAUGUAUUUGGGUCAGUACUGAGGUAUUUGACAUAUUUUAUGUCAAUGUCACUUUAAAUCGCUGUCAAAGAUGGCGUCUUGACAUUGACAUGUGGUGGCCAUUCGAGUGAUUAAUUAAUUUGUUUUUAUUUUAUAGUUCGUAUAAAUUUUAUUUAUUUAGAACUUACAAGCACACUGAACAUAAGGCGGACUUAAUGCCAAUCGGCAUUCUCCUCAAGUUAACCUUAGGGUCAAACUGAAAAUAUCGUAGGCGGUACAAAAUUAUAAAUAUAAACUUAUUAAAAUUUUAACGUAUAGUGCAAAUAUAAAACUUAUGGAGCUAUGUUGCAUUUAAUACUAGCUUAAAAUAAAUAUUUUUGAUACUGGCAACACUAGAAAUACUUAAGGCUGGCCCAGGGGUGGUAAUCCAGUUUUUUAAGCACAUCCCCCACGAUACUGUAGGUAGGAAAAGAAAUAUAAGGGAUACCCCCUAAAGGGCGUACCAUUUCUAUAAAUCGUUUCAUCCACGAAGACGCGCCCCACCAUUCUUCCGUGAUUUGCACACCGUUGAUUUUUAGUUGGCCGAUAGUUGUGCCCGAUUUUAAUUUGUAUGAAGAAUCGGCCAAAUCGAAUCGGCGUAGUGUGCGCACUCCCAUACAUGCCCAUACUGAUCAACUGCCCGACUAAACUAUCGGCCGACGAAAAAUCAACGGUGUGCGCAUACUCUAAAUGCUCCAUGAGUGCACACGCACACUACAGUAAUGCCUUACGGAUUGCUCGGACCACACUCCCCGCACCCCGCGCGACCGGGACCAAACAUGGGGCGCGGCCGAGUGGAUGAAACGAUCUACAGGGUGUUAGGUAAAUGGGUAUAUGAGCCGACACUAGCCCAUGUUAACAUGGUCAUAUAAAUGGUAUGGUGAAGUCAGAAAAUUGAAAUCUUCAUUUUAAUUUUCAU